CGAAGAUCUCGAAGUCGAGGUGGAAGUGAAGAUCUUGAGAUAGGGAUACAACGUAUGAAUUCAAGAGAAUUGGGCUUGGAUAAUUUCUUCAAGCAGGUCCAAGAGAUUGAAAAUGAAUAUGAGAAACUCAAUAAACUGCUCAGAAAACUCCAGGAUUCCAAUGAAGAAUCAAAAGCUAUAACAAAAGCCGCUCUAAUGAAAGUUAUAAAGCUGAAAAUGGAGAAAGACAUUGAUGAAGUGGGAAAAAUUGCCCGACUUGUUAAAUCAAAGAUUGAGGAGCUGGAUAGAGAGAAUUUGGCAAAUAGGCAAAAAUCUGGAUGUGGAAAAGGAACUGGUGUUGACAGAUCAAGAAUGGCAACAACACUUGCCUUGAAAAAGAAGUUUAAAGAUAGAAUCAACGACUUCCAGACUUUGAGAGAAAAUAUUCACAAAGAGUAUCGUGAGGUAGUUGAGAGACGAGUUUAUACAGUCACGGGGUCUAGAGCUGAUGAAGAGACAAUUGACAGAUUGAUAGAGACUGGAGAUAGUGAACAAAUUUUUGAGAAUGCAAUUCGGGAGCAAGGAAGAGGCCAGAUAAUGGAUACUCUGGCUGAAAUUCAAGAACGCCAUGAUGCAGUUAGGGAUGUAGAGAGGAAGCUCUAUGAACUGCAACAGACAUUUCUUGAUAUGGCGGUUCUUGUGGAUGCUCAGGGAGAUCUGCUCGACAACAUAGAAUCACAUGUCUCGAGUGCUGUUGAUCAUGUACAAUCAGGUAACACAGCCCUCCUGAAAGCGAAAAAGUUGCAGAGGAAAUCCCGCAAAUGGACAUGUAUAGCGAUGAUUAUCCUCCUUAUUUUCGUCUUCAUUGUUAUUGUUGAAGUUGUGAAGCCUUGGAAAAACAAAAAUGGGGCUUAAUUAGAA